AUGAGCACCCGAACAACUCGAACUCGUAAGAUCGAGGAAUCAGAGACCGACCCAGUGGACAGUAGAGGCGGCAGUGGUUCAAGUUCUGCCACAGAAAAGAACGAUAGCAGUGACCAAGGAACAACCAUUCCCGAGAGGGUCCAGCAGCAGAGCUCUGUUGAGUCUCGGGACAACAUCUCCCUGAGCUCUACUGGCUCAACGGGACCAACAUCUCCAGUGCAGGCAACACCCAUUUGGGAAUUGGCAGCUCAUGGUUCUGUUUAG